AAAAAAAAAAAAAAGUAUGCAAUAAAGUUUAUUAUUUUUUAAAAGGCAUCAUACCAGAAUCUCUGUGCAUUUGCAGAGACCAUGUACUCUCUCAUCUUUAAAAUUUUCAGACUUGGACGAAUUAUAUAAGUUUGAUUUGUGCGAUUUGCUCUGGAAAGUUUCCAACUUUCGCGAGUGAAUUACUGUAAAAAAAAAAAAAGAGGGGGGAAAGAGCAGACAGAAGAAGAAGAAGAUAGUAACCAGGUGAAAAACAGAGAAGAUACAGAGGGGAGAAGCCGAGGAGGAGAGAAAGAGAAAUUCCUCUUUGUAUGCUCUGUUUGUUUUCUGGGUCUCUCUGCUGCUCUGAGUUUUCUCGGAUGAUUUAGUUUGACUCGAUGUGGUGAUUCACUGAGAGUUCAUGGACAGAAACAGGGAAGCAAAGAGAUCAACCAUGGCCGCUUCAAAUGGACUUUCUAGACGACGACCCAGAAGCAACGGUAUCCGAUAUUCUCUUGUUGCAGAGGAGGAUGAGGAUGUGGAGAUGCAAGAGACGGCGAGGAUACAAGAUCGAGCGGAGAAGAGAGAUCGGGACCCAGAUUUUUCCAACCGAAGCAAGAAAAAGAGAGGCGAUAAGUUUUCUCAGAGGAUUAACAAAGAAGGAGAAGAAAGUACAGAGGAAAGUUGGGUUGACGAAGAUGAGUACGAGACCCAAGAGGGCAAAGGAGCGUCUCAACGGAAGAGCUUGCCGGUGGGUAGAGUCAUGAAGCAAACGGCGUCAUCGGUGAAGGUGACCGACGAGUUGAUUGCCGUCUCAGUUCCUAGAAAGGCUCGGUCAGCUUCCAUGAAGAGGUCAUUCGAGUCCUCCGCUUUAUGGUAUGGGGAAUACCAGAACCAGAAGUGCAGUUCAUCAUCCCCAGGGAGCCGGCGUGUUGAGGCUGCUUCGCCAUGUUCUUCCGGUGUUUCAGUUAGGAAGAAGACGAAGCCAAGCAAAGCCAAGACUCGGCUAGGGACCCAAUCACAAUCUUCCAGCUCGGGGCAGGAGGAUAUAGAGAUUGAGGUGGCAGAAUUUUUGUUUGGACUAAUGAGGCAAUCUCAGAUUUCGAAGGAGUAUAAGAACGAAUUUUCCAUGGAAUCUGAACUAGAAAAUCCAAGCGCUGUCAGAGAUGAUCGAAAGCCAUCUGGGUCCUCUCCGGUUGCAAGCUCUGGACAGAACAAUCGCCCAGCAUCUGAUUCAUUGAUUGAAGUUGCUGAAAAGAAGAGGAAAAUGGAGGCUGAAGAAUCUUCCUUCUUACUGGAGAAUGGAUCAAAUGCUCCUGCAAUCGAAUUCGAAGUCAAACACUAUGACAGAUUGGAAAAGUCUUCAGGAUAUGAAGAUGAAGUAGGAGAAAGGAUUCUUAAGCAAUCAAAACAAUUAACGGAGGAAUCUGGUUGCGAUGAUGAGUCAGAGGAUAGAAAGCAACAAUCCAUAUCCCCUGAAGAUAAAUCAAUUUUGUCCACUAAAAUGGAUGUUGAUUUUCAGGACAUGAAAAUGACAGAAGGGGUAUCAAUCAUAUGGAAGGGGGAGAGUCACGAGGGGAAGUUGAAGAUCGAUCUGAUGGCUCCUCCUUUGCCGGAUAGGGAUGGUUUCAUGGAUUCUAAACUGGGGAUUCAGGACUCAGAAACUAAGGGGAGUUUGAUUAAGGAUGAAGAGAAGGUGGUGAAGGAGGAAGAGAAGAUGGAGACAGUCGGAGAAAACCGCCAAUUGCUAACACUUGAUUUGGAGAAGCAGCCAAAUCAGGAAGGUCAGAAACAAGAUCAGACUAAAACCAUUCUUCCUCAAAUGGAACAAAUUGGCCAAGCUAGCUCAGUUCCUUUGCCAAUGGCUGUAGGUAGCUGGUCGAAUGGUCAAGUUCUUCUGUCUCAACCUCGGCCUAAGAGAUGCACCACCCACCAUUACAUUGCUCGUAAAAUACACUUGCACCAGCAGUUCAUAAAGACUGAUAAUUUAUGUGGAUCCAACCCCAAAAACCUCAAGAUCAUGUCCUCUGCCGAAAACAUGAUUAUCGGAAACCCAUUGCAAAGGAUGCCUGUGUUGAACCGGAAUUCUGCCCAAGAAAAAGGGCAAGUUGUUGGAAAUAUCUCUAAUCACAUUCAGAGAGAUAUAGCUUGUGAGACUACAAAUUUGACAAACACAGCACAGAGAAAACAGUUUGUAUUUCAGCAAGCUUCACAUCCAUCUGUAAUUCCAUCCGAUCAUCUAGCGCAUGAUCGAACUUUCACAUUCUCAAUGAGUCAGCAACAAAAGUCAGUUGGGCCACCAGGAAAUCCAUCUGGGCUGUCCAAGUCUUACACCUCAAUUGACAAUUCAUCAUUAUUUGACAAUUCAGUAACGGGAGUUUCAGCAAAGUCUACUACCCUGCCAACAGUUGUAAGCUUCACCUAUCCGAAUUCGACUGCCAGUGAAGCUCCCUACUUGACUAUAAUGCCUAACAAUGUUUAUCCAUUCUCUAUAUCUGCUCCGGCAAUUAAACAAGAGAACCCAGCUCAAGCAUUGCCAUUAUUCAAUGGAUCUCUUUAUCCAUCUCAUGUGUUCCAUCCUUCCCAGCUCCAGCAUCAACAGGCUCGUCAAAAUUCAAGCGCAUCAAGUGGCUCGUCUUCAUCCCAUAAACAGCCACAGAAGCAGCAUCAAACGCCAAACCAGAGUUCUCACAAGCUUGAGUCUGAUGCAAAUAGGGAGACUCCUCUACUUGUUGAUACUCGAGGCUCUCGGAAAGGCACUUACGGUCAGACUUCGAUAACUCCCAUUUCGCAGAUGAGCUUUACGAUGAUGCCUUCGAUGACACCAAUGGGGAUUAGUAGUGGCAUUGGAAAUCAAUGUGAGAUGCAGCAGCUUAAGAGCUUAAAGAGUGGGGUUGAGUUGGUUCCUCCUCAGGCAUUUGCCAUGGCAUUUCCCUCCUCCAAAAAUUGUACAGCUUCAAACCUGAAUUUCUCAUAUUUACCGCAAAAUCAUUCAGUCUUUCAGAGCCUCCCAGAUCACAUGGGUAGACCAGGAUACCAAACUGUUGCUGCACCUAAGAAAAAUCACCAGGUAUCUGAGGGAAAAACACCCACACCAAAUGGGCAAAUAUUAGUUUUUGACAAUUCUACAAGAAAUCUAAACUUUACAUCAUCUUCUAUGGCCGUAAAUUGGCCUCCCAUUGCUACUCCAUCAAAUGCCUUGCAGCAUCCAAGGCAGCAAUCUGUAACCCGAAGUAAAUCACCCACAAACAAAACCCUACCAGCAUCUUCCAUCGCCGCUAAAUUUUCAAACAAUCCAAUUAUAUUUCCUGGUACCGUGCAAAACAAUUCUGCUUCUUCUUCUGGUCAAGCAUCUCACUGGAAAAGCUCAACAAGAAACCCAUCUUCUUCCCAAGCACCUCCCACAUGCAAUUCCUCAUCCCUAAACACUCUUCUGCCGAGAACGGCACCACAAGUUCAAACCCAGAUAUCGUUUGUGCAGAAUUCGAAGGCAAUAUUAACACCACAAGGGCAACAAAUACCCAACGGCAUUGGGUCCUCAUCUAGUGGUAGCAAGCAGAGAACAAGUUCCACAGGCGGCAAAGUCUCAUCUCCUGACCCAUUGAAACAGAGUGAGAGUUCUUCAGGUGGGAGUGGGCAGAAGUCGUCCCCAGUUUGCGGAAGAAACGUGCCAUCAAUCUUAAGCGCAUGCCCCAAUUAUCUGUCAGAGCUAAAAUAUUAGGGAGGGAAAAAGAUGGUGAUUGAUGAUGAGCGGAUAAAGAUAAAAUAUUAUUUUCUAA